CCAUCCGGAGCCCGAUUUUGAGUCUAUGGCCCUGUAAGAAUUUGAAGAUUUUCACGAUGCGAAGAUAUAUCCUGUGUGACUUGUCUCGUUUUUCUCUGCCUCGUAAUCCAUACUACAUGGGCUUCUUGCUCAGCCACUCGUUUACUUGUUCUUGACCUGUUUUCACAGUGGUCCCAUGUAUAAUCUGGACGCUGCCUAGUCAUUCAUUCGGAUAUAAGAUUGUGCUUUUCGCGUCAGUCUCUGGCAACUUGAUAAUACAACUGCCUGUGAUCAACUACACUUGCAUUGACAUUGGCAUCGGGCGAACUAAACCCUACAAACUGCAGAUUAUCCCCAAUUGUCUUGAAUAUGUCGGCCGAUCAAGAGUUCGAAUUCAAAAAAUGGCUCUCCACGAGCUGCCAUCCUCUCAUAGACGGCAUGGAUACUGCGUACGGCUAUCAGCCGUCGCUGGCUGCAGGCAUCGUCUUUCUCGUUCUCUUCGGUCUCUCGAUGAUCGUUCACACAAUCCAGUUUACCUGGAAAAGAACCUGGUGGUGUGCUGUCUUCAGUAUUGGUUGUCUGACGGAGGUCCUGGGCUGGGCCGGACGUACCUGGUCCUCAGAAUGUCCUUAUAACAUGACAGCCUUCCUGAUGCAAAUCUCCACCCUAAUCAUCGCUCCCACAUUCUUCACAGCAGGCAUCUACGUCCUCCUCGGCCGCUUCAUCCAAAUCCUCGGCCGUGACUCCUCCAUCCUCAGCCCGAAAAUGUACCUCUGGAUCUUCUGCACCUGCGACGUCAUCUCGCUCGUCAUCCAAGCCAUCGGCGGCGGCAUCGCCUCCGCCGAAACAAACAAGGAAGACGGCGACACAGCCCCCGGCACCCACAUCAUGGUCGCCGGUAUCGUCUUCCAACUGUUCUCGAUCACUAUCUUUGUCGCCUGCGCUGCCGAUUUUGUCCGCCGCGUCCUCCGUCGUCGUCUUCUGCAGAACAUGAGCGGAUCCAUCACCCCCCUGUUCGCCGCCAUGGUCUUCUCCGUGCUUUGUAUCUACGUCCGAAGCAUCUACCGUACCAUAGAGUUGUCGCAAGGUUGGACCGGGUAUCUGAUUACCCGGGAGAAGUACUUCAUUGCGCUUGAUGGCGCGAUGAUGGUGGCUUCUGUUGGCGUCUUUAAUAUCUUCCAUCCCGGCUGGUUGAUGCCGAGUACCAAGGCGAUGCAGUAUGACCGGGAGAUUAUGUCUGAGGAUGGUUAUGGUCAUACUACUGAACUUCGGUGAAGUACUGCGUUCCUUUUUGCCCUUUCCUUUUCGUUUUGGUUGGAGUCGGCAUUGUUGCUUUCUUAUGUAGCGAGUGCUUAGAUUCUAGAUUCUAGAUCGUUGGUCUUCAAGGAUAACGAAAAUAAUGUUUCAAUAUAUAAUUGAAUACGAAACCUGUUCAGCAUAUACUUUCAGGUCAAUUUCGGGAAAACUCAUUCACCACAAAAACGCUCGAGAUAAACAACUAGUGAUACAA